AUAUCAGCAGAGAGCCGGAAGAAGAGAGCCGGUUCUAGAAGAGCCGUGCUCCAAUAAGCUUCCAGUUGGGUAGGCUUACAAAGCUUUUGUUUUUCGUUGUGGGAAGCUGUUGGUGGGCUCGUCGGGCCCACCCUCUCAUCGGUCAAGCUGGCGAGCGCUCUAACCGCUGGUAUGAACCCCCACCAUCCGGGCCACUCCGCAGCGUACCCGCAUCAUCCCUCGCUCUCGAGCAGUCCGCACCAUUCCGGGCCUCAUCACGGCUACAGCACCGGAGGCGGCGGUGGUGGGGGCGGUGGCGGCGGCACCACCACCACACCAGACUUGCCAAGUCCUCAUUCGCCGCCCCACGGGCCGGCCAUCGACCCAGCCACCCCGUACGGGUCGAUGCAACAGGGCCAGGGCAUGGGCAGCAACGGGCAUCAUCAUGGCGGUGCGGGAAUGAUGGCCGAUCAUCCACAUCACCCGGGACACCCUCAUCCACACUUACCAGGACACCCCGCUUACCCACCGGUCAACCACAACAACAACUGUACAAUCAAGCAAGAAGGUGGUCCAAGCGGACCAACCGGAAUCCAACAGUGCGCCGGUUGCGGCGGUCAAAUAGUCGAAAGAUGGCUGUUGCUGGCGAUGGAUCGGUAUUGGCACAACAGUUGCCUGAAAUGCUCCUAUUGCGGCGCAGCAUUGGCGGAAAUCGGCCACUCGUGCUACACCAGGAGCGGCAUGAUCCUCUGCAAAAGCGACUACAGAAGGAUGUUCGGAAGCAGCGGUGCCUGCUCGGGCUGUGGCAACGCGAUACCUGCCAGCGAACUGGUGAUGAGGGCGGGUGGAUCGGUGUUUCACCAGAAAUGCUUCACCUGCAGCAAAUGUGGCAGUCAACUCGUUUCCGGCGAUAGGUACUACCUGAUGUCGGGUUCACCAGUGUGCGAGACGGAUUGGCACAAAAUCGUCAAGUCGUCGAGCGUGGCGGCCGCAGCCGCCGCCGCGGCGGCCGGCAAUGGCGGCGCCCCGGUGAGGAAAGGUAAGGUCGGUCGGCCUCGAAGGAGUCGCGAAUGAGGCGGCAACCCGGUCGGUCGCCCGAAGAAGGUGCAAGCCUCUCCACAGCCGACGCCACCCGUCGUCGUACCGUCACAGGUCGACGUCGUGGACGUCGGCGUCGGGGGGGAUCCCUAUUCGCCGCCUCCGCCGGGUCAUCAGCAGUACCACCACCAUCAUCACCACAUGGGCAUCGUGCAUCCGGGACUGGCGGUACAGCAAACGCACCUGCAGGCGUCCACCUAUCAGGACUGGUCUCCUUGGGCUCAGGACACCUGCGAUUGAACGAGCAAUCUUUCGUCGAUGCUCGAGGUCCAGGUCCCGCAGCCUCGACUGAACGAGAGCACGGGAUGAACCCUCGACUUUCUGACCGCCGGUCUUCCGUUUUCUUCAGCGGGAACAGCAGAGAAGACUCUCUCGGAAGCCUCGUGGAAGCCUGCGACGGUGAACUGAACUCCCGAAUACAGUGGCUCAGUUCGCGCAACCCUUCGGACAGGGUGGACACGUCGUCGUAUACAAGUGACUUGUGCACGAGGUAAGGGGGAGGAUCUCGAUGGACGAGGACCGUGUUCCAUGAUAUGGUGAACGAGUUUCGUGGUUUUCGCGAUAGGACUUACGCGAACGAACUCCGCAAAGGAACGUUCUCACCGACGUUCCACCGAUCGGAGACGACUCCGAUCGCGUUCGACGCGUCGUCGCCGCGGUUCGAGGUUCGAGAAUCAGUGCGCGCCGUCAAUCGUAAUCAAUAAUCUUUGCUCAAUCGCGGAGAAUCGAGGAUAAUCGAAGUGUCUCAAAGCACGGGCCGCGUGCAAGUUAUCGUCGCCGCCAACGGUAACGGCAAUUUUCUUCGGCUUCAUCCGAUUCUUUGAUGCUCAUCCGCGCUCAAUCUAUCCUGGUAAUCCUGUUAAUCGCACGUUAGACACCCGGCAAUCACUUUCGCUCGUAUUUCCCGACGUUUACGUUUCCCCCUCCUCGCGGUGCGUGCAUCUGAAGCGAUACGCUAAGCAUACGAGGAUCAAAUGAAACGAUCGAACCGUACUUCGGACCACCGGACACGUGGAACGAGUCGGUCGGGUUCAGAUCGACUUGGGCGAAUCGCGUUCGGCUGAGAUUUUAAUAAUUUUUUAAUGAAAAAGGGUUAGUUCUUCGGAUAAAAUUAAUCCAAGAUUUAUUUGAGAAGGUUUAUUUGAGGUUCUCGAUGUUUACGAGGUGUCCCCACUUCAAAUUAACGUAUAGUAACACAAAAAGUCCUCCUAAGUUCAAUUCAUACUUGCAAAAUUUUACCAACCCUCACUCUAAGUACCUAAAGUAUUAAUAUCUUGAACCCUAUUACCAUCUCAUUAUUAGACUCUCAUCGUCAAAAAUUCAGCCGAACGAACAGCUCCCGAUUGAACGACGCUAAAAACGUGAUCGUCGCGGAAGCGUGAUUAAUUCGCCCAGGACGCGGCGUUUACGGAGGGAUCGUGUCUCGAAGUCCGAAAAACUUGUCACGCGUGGAGCAAGAAAAUUGCAUCUGCCGGGUCGGAUAAUUCGGCGAUUGAAACGGCGGCUCCGCGCCGGGUCUCGACCCUUAGAAAAUUAUUUUUCUUUGAAAAUUACCGACCCCUUCGACUCGCCGUCCGCGGAGGAGGGGGUGAGGGGGCACCGACUCCGUAAACUCAUUAAGCGUUCCUUGUUCUCGCGAUCGUUAAUCGAGUCUCUCUCGCUACGGGAUAAAAAAACUCGACACCGAGGUGAAACCGUACGAACGGGGCGAAAUUAUCAUUCGAAUCUUCCUUGUUAACGCUCGCCGUGUCGUCCUCCGUUCUCCUUCGUCGCGGCGGUGCAUUUUCUCUUUCUUUUUCGGAUGGGGGGCGCGUGAUCCGCCGAGGCACGAACGUAACGAGACUGAAACGAAACGUUGCGCAACCUUCGUCGAACGACUGCUGGCCCACCAGUGACCAUUCUCGUUGGCGAACGUCCUUUGCAUAUCACGCGAACGAGAGAGGAACGCGCCCCCUCGAGCACGUGGAAAACUGUCGAGCAGGCAUGGGCAAAAUUCUUGUCUCAAAUUUCAAACAACAAAUGAGAAACAACCUCUCCAGCGUUACAGACUAAACGAAAAUCAGAUUUCAAAGUAUAGAAUGCAAAUCAUAUUUUAUCCUGAAUUGAAACUGACUUAAAAAUUAACCCAUUGCGUUUGAGAGGUGACUUUCAGUCACCACCAGGUUUAACGUAGUAAAUUAACCAGCAAUAAUGUUUGUUUAACUUUAAUUUCUUGGAACUCGAAGUGUCAAUAAAAUGAUUGCCGAAGGGGUAAGGGUGACCUGAUUUUCAAAUAACAAAUCAGAAAUCUCGUCUUCGAAGUCAAUCUAAGCUCAACAUUCGUGGCAGUAGAAUGCUAAGAAAGCAUCUCGAGUUCCUGGUAGAUACCAGAAAAAAGGCCUCGAGUGCAAAGGGUUAAAUAUAAAUCAUCGGUAACCGUGAUACGAAUCACUGUAUCUUCUGCUUAUUUAUCUAUCAGUCGAACAGAAUUCUGUCCAUGUCCGACUGUCGAGCGACGACGCGUCAACGAUUUGUUUUAGCGGGCGAGGAUGAAGCGUGUAACAUAACUUUUUCUAAGUGGCAGGGUUUCGACAAUGCGCAAUAAACAUUUACGUAAAUGUAUAAUCGUGAAUACGUUACGAUGUAUCUACUAUCGUCGGAGCCCGACGUCGUUUCCGGUGACGGGCCCCUCGCGUUCACCCGCUCACAGAUUGUACAGACGUUUUUCCUUUCCGGUUUCUAUUCGACGUGCGCUCGUAUGGGAAACGAGGAACACGAGGGGAACGGGAAACGACGCGGGUUCGGGCACGCUCGAAGCUCAAUGCGAAACUAAAGACACAUGUUUUGGGUGUAUAUCACAACGGGGGCGGCUCUCAGGCUCGCUGAAAGGCGGCGAUUACUCUUGUCGAUUCGCUCUCUUGCGUCAUGGGGAUCCCCUAGACUUUCAGUGGUCGACGAUGGUUAAAAUCGGUGGUGACCCCUUGCUGGACGAAUUCAUUUUUUACCGAGUGUACCACGGUUAAUUGACUGAGACAUUUCUUGAGAGGGAAAGUAUUUUUUUUUUUCGCUGUAAUUCUGACAUGCCAGUUUCUUUGCUAAGACGUGAAAUUGACAGGCCAGCAAGUUUAAUGUCAUUUAUUAUUUCUCGAGAUGGGGUAAUUUUUUAAUGUGCUUUAAUCAGGUGGUGAAAGUUAUAUCCUUGUCUUGGGAACCUUUCCUUUUAUAAUGAAUUUAUUUGUAUAAAGUGCAUGGGAUAUUUCAAGAAGCUUGAUUCUACUGUGACUUUCACCCCUUCGAUUGGUAGUGUAUUGAUCAAAUUAAUUAGACCAUCCAGGGCUGGUUUUAUUCAAUGAUCUCGAUCUUAAGGUUCAUGUUCAGGUCUCCUUUGUACUCCUCUUCUGUGAAUCAAGUUCAGAACACCACGUGUCGAAAUGCAGAUCGUCUCUCAUAAAUAUAAUAGAUCUACUGAUAAGAUGAGAAUGAAGUCAAUACGUAAAAAGAAAAAAGAAACACCAUAGUAUUAUUAUAACUGCAUCUGUCAUGUAAAUAAAAUCAUCAGAGGUAUAAGUCUCGUGCUGCAAGUGGAACGUGAUAGUCCUUACAAUAAUCCAUGUAAUGUACAAGUUUGAACACGUGGUUUUCUUAAUUUCCUUUGCAACCCUGAAGAGGAUUUAAAUAUGAGUCAAAACUUCGAGAGUAGUUUGUAACUACAAAUAAAUAAAACCAGCAUCGAUACUUUUGUUUGGAUAUAAAGAUGGUUUGUUAUUAGACGACAUUUUACUAUUUUGUGUCAAUAGUAUAGAGAUAGUUAACCAUGACCUGACAUUGACUUUCUCUUGUCGUGAUGAGAUAUUAUUAAACAUUAAUUUUUUUGACGAACACGUGACGUUAAGUAAUAAUACAAAAUGCAAUUAUUCAAUUACGAAUGGUGCCUAUUAUUUCUGCCAUGUUUUAAUUAUGAGUCUAACUCGGUAUUAUAACGCAAGGGGUUAGCCGUACAACGUGACUUGUCAUAUUAGAAAGCACGAUUUUCAUUUCUAGAGGUGCACGUUCAAUUUCAAGUGCAUACACUUCACAAAGAAGCACCAGUUGUAAAUUCAAGUCCAACUAUAAUAGAAAGCAACGAUACAAAUAAAAAAAGAAAUAACUUUAUUAGCUUAGAUAGUCCUCGACGCUCGUGUUCUCUGAAUUCUUUUAUUAAAUGCAAUAAGACCUGCCUAAGCAUCGUCGAUUCAAGGGGCGCGGCACUUAGGCAAGAUCGAUAAGCGAAAUUUGAUCGCUCUCGUGUUUCCUUCUUGCUCAGCUUCGUUUCCAUUGAUAAAUUGACCUCCUUGGACACAUUUAACUGUUAAAAUCCUUUCGAAUCGAUAUUCGGAGUCCUUCUAGGAUCCUCCGAGGAUCUAGAAGAAGGAUCGACAAGAUCGUCAUUACCAUGAAGCGAGCGAGCGACCGCCUCCGCACCGUGCAACUGAUCGUUACUCGUUUACCCGUCUCAUUCUUAGCUGAACUUUUCACUCUCAGACCGCCACCGUGCGCCAUUGUUGGGCAAAAUAUACUCCACGAUCGUGAUUACUCUCUGGUAAUCACGAUUAACAAAUAAUUAAACUUUAAACUAAAAUAAUUAAACCGAAAGAUCAUAAAUUACCGAUUCAGUCUCGCGGAUUACAAGUGUAGCCCGUAACUCCCUG